AUGAUGGAUGAACCGUGGUGGGAAGGGCGCGUCGCCUCGGACGUCCACUGCACCCUUCGCGAGAAGGAGCUGAAGCUGCCUGCCUUCCGAGCCCACUCCCCACUCUUGAAGAGCCGCCGGUUCUUUGUCGACAUCCUGAGCCUGCUGAGCGGCCACUGCCAGCUCUGUCCCACGGCCCGGCACCUGGCCGUCUACCUCCUGGACCACUUCCUCGAUCGCUAUAACAUCACCGCCUCCAAGCAGCUGUAUGCCGUGGCGGUCUCCUGCCUCCUGCUCGCAAGUAAGUUCGAGGACAGGGAAGACCACGUCCCCAAGCUGGAGCAGAUAAACAGUACGAGGAUCCUGAGCGGCCAGAACUUCACUCUCACCAAGAAGGAGCUGCUCAACACAGAACUGCUGCUGCUGGAGGCCUUCAGCUGGAACCUCUGCCUGCCCACGCCCGCCCAUUUUCUGGACUACUACCUCUUGGCCUCUGUCAGCCAGAAGGACCACCACUGCCACAGCUGGUCCACCGCCUGCCCCCGCAAGACCAAAGAGUGCCUCAAGGAGUAUGCCCACUACUUCCUGGAGGUCACCCUGCAAGAUCAUAUUUUCUACAAAUUCCAGCCUUCUGUGGUUGCUGCAGCCUGCGUUGGGGCCUCCAGGAUUUGCCUUCAGCUUUCUCCCUACUGGACCAGAGACCUACAGAGGAUCUCAAAUUACACCCUGGAACAUCUCAGCACAUGCAUCGAAAUCCUGCUGGUAGCUUAUGACAACGUCUUCAAAGACGCUGUCAUGGUCAAGAGCCAGACCUUGGCAAUGGUGCCCGGCACAACCCCCGCCCCCACCCAAGUGCUCUUCCAGCCGCCCGCCUUCCCCACCCUCAGCCAGCCGGCGACGCCGGGCCUGGCCCAGUUCCAGACCCCCGUGCAGGACCUCUGCUUGGCCUAUCGAGACUCGCUGCAGGCCCACCGCUCUGGGAGCCUGCUCUCAGGGGGCUCUGGCUCAUCCCUCCACACCCUGUACCCCACCCUCCAGCCCCUGGAUGUGUGCCCCCUGUCCCUCCCUGCACCCCUCAGCAUGCAGAUGGCCAUCACAGCCGAGCCCAGACACUGCCUCGCCACCACCUACGGAAGCAGCUACUUCAGCGGAAGCCAUGCGUUCCCCACGGGCUGUUUCGACAGAUAG